GAAGAAAUAAUUAAGACGAAUUCCUUGGUAGAACGCCUAGCAAUUAGGAUCAAAAACUUCUAUCUGGACAGUCCAGUUUAGAGUCAUUAGAAAAGUUAGUGUUAAUCAGAAUCAAACAUACAUACAGGUAAGCAGCAAGAAAAGACCACAUAAGCCAAAAGCUGAAAGUAACGAGUCAUAUUAAACAAUUCGAGUACACCUUAUAAAUUCAAACAAUCAUCAUGUCUUGGUUCCACACUAGAGAAGUUCACUUUCCGCAAGAUUAUAAUGGCUUCAUUCAUAUCUAUACUGAUGGUGCUUGCCGUGAUAACGGAAGGGACAACGCUACAGCGGGUAUUGGAGUCUUCAUUGAUGAUGAUCAUCCUGAAAAUGUCUCCAAAGCUAUACCGACAAGUCGUCAAACAAACAUCGCUGCAGAGAUGCUAGCUGUUCUAGAAGCUGUGUCGAUUGUUCGUAAAUACAAUUUAUGUAAUGUCAUAAUUUACACGGACUCUGAAUUUAUCGUAAAAGGAGUGACUGAAUGGAUGCCUGACUGGAUCAGGCGAGGCUGGCGCACAUCAUCUGGUCAUCGUCCUCAGUACGUAAAUGAAUUCAAAACUUUGGACGCUGCAAUGAAAAAAUGGUACAUAAGACUUGAAUAUGUACAAGGGCAUUCUGGAAUCUAUGGAAAUGAAAUGGCAGAUCGAUUAGCCAGAAAAGCAGUGCAGUAAUUCAUCUGGUGACAAAUACACCUAACUUUACUACAGAACAUAUAAUCAUUGAAUAUUUUUUUUGACAUUUAUAAUAUUUCUUUUAAAAAUUUUCUAUCAAGCAACAAAAUUUUGUUAAUUAUAAUGAAUUAUAUUCAUUAUUUUUUUUUUUUUAAAGAACUUGAUAAUCGCAUAUCUUAACAAAUAUAUAAAUCAAUUACAUGUUUUUGUAAUGAACAUUUAUCGGUGCUGGAAUAAAAAUCAGUAAAAAAGA